CUUCAAAGUCUCAUACGAUCCUGAGCUCGACCCCACAGCAUCCAAACAAGCGAAGAAGAGUUCGAGGGUAACAAAAAAGGCGUUUGGCGAGAAUGUGAGUGGCUCUACAAUUAUAAAGGUUUUGCGACCUCUGAUGCAUGGCUUUGCUGACAAAAUUUCAUUGAUAGGCUGAUCUCCAAGUCGGCGAUCCUCGUCUAUUAAUGCCUGGAUACAAGCAAGGUGCCGGCAUCAGAGGUCGUAAGACCGUUGUUCGAAUUGCGCCAUAUCUCGUGAAACCUUAUGCUUUUGAUGAGAAGCUCUCCGUUCCUGGAACUCAGGCCACCCAGAUCAUGAUCACCGGGUUUGAUCCAUUUACCCCAGAAUCUCGUCUCAGAACUGUGUUCAGUCAGUGGGGUACAGUAGCCGAGGUCAGAAAUCAGACAGAUCCGGGAACUGGCAGCUUUCUUGGUAUCUGUUUGAUCAAUUAUAGAGAUACACUGAAUAGCAAGAAGACCGAGAUCAGAGCCACGGCCAUCCAGUCGGCGAAAAAUGCCGAGCAGUUCGGCAAUGGAGCAAAGAUUGGGACGUCAAUAGUCAAAGUUACACUUGACAAGACAGGUCGUAAGGCGAAAAAGCUUGUCGAUGUCGCUGUCAAGCGCAUCCAAGAGGAGAGAUCGAAGCUGCGUGUGCCAGAGCCUCAUCCACCUCCAACACUCAUCCCAGUUGAUCCCAUAAUCGGAGUGCCGGGUGCACCAAAAGGCCCAUCUGGCAAGAAAGCUCCAGAGGGACCUCGAGUAGCAGCUCUACCAAAGCCUGCCUCCCAUCUGGUGGUUGAAACAGACCCGAUCAUCAACACGAUCAAGCGCCAGCCGUACAUCUUCAUUGCACAGUGCUACGUACCUGUCCUCGGUACGACGUUACCACAUAUAAAGAAGCGCCUGAAGAACUACUACUGGAACGACAUUCGCUUAGACAAGAGUGGCUAUUUCAUAAUAUUCGAGGAUUCACGAGAUGGUGAGAAUGAGGCAGGUCGAUGCUUCAAAGAAUGCCACAUGGCAGCUCUCUUUACCUACGUAAUGAACAUGGAUAUACACAAAGAAGGAAACCCAAACUACGUCCGCAGCCCAAGUCCCGAGCGCGUCCGAGCUGAGAAACGCCAGAGAGAGGAAAUGGAGAGGUAUCAGCGUGAAGAAGAGGAGGAUCUACAGCUGGAGUUGAAAGAACGUGCAGAGAAUCUUGACCCAGUCAGAGCUGCCAUAGAUGCGCUUCGAGAAGAAUUGCGCGAGAAAGUUCUCAAUGACAUGAAGACGAAAAUCGCGGCACCGUUCCUGUUCGAGUACCUAGAUCCUGCGAAACACGUCGAAAAGCGAAGGCGACUUGGCAUCGCAGACCCACAGUCGACAGACAACAAGCCAACAACAUUGUUCGCGAGAGGCGAUGAAUCUCCCUUGGUUGGCACUCCUGCGUCUAGGCAAUCUGGCUUUGCUGGUCGUGGCCGUAAACCCCUUGGGACCUACGACGCAAACAUGCAACCAAAAUCCCGCAGGCUGCCAAAGAAUGUGAAUGCGUUCAUGGAUGAGCGUCGCAAGCAGCCUCCCAAGCGUCCAGUUGUGGUUCGUGGUCUCCACAGGCAAAUGCAAGGCUUCUGGGGCGAUGACGAGGAGGACUCCGAAGAUGAGCAUCGCAGCGUAGCUACGCGGGAAACUGAAGAGCAAGAGAGUCGACCGAUAAGUCGGGAAGCCUCGAUAGAAACGGAAAUAUUUCCAGAACCGUCCACCCGAUUGUCGAGAGCCAAACGGCGCAGGCUUGAAGCUCACUGGGGUGAAGACGGCGAGGACGAUUCCAUCGACGAUGCCACUGCUCGUAGAUUAUUGGCACAUCUUAUCGACAAGGAUGUCGAGAAGAUGGCAGAACGAGAGCUGGAGCAAGUUUUGUCCGUACUGCCACGAUCAUCAUCCCUAUGGAAACAGGCAGAGAAGGUGCGGAAACGGAAUCUGCAGUUUAGAAGACAUCAAGAGAAGUAUGAUGAGAUCUUCGGACCAGUAGACGUCCCACCUGAUACAACAGUCGAAGGAGACUUGUCGGCCGAUAAGGCCGCGGAGACCGUGGAGGGGCAUGAAGGGGAAGAAGUUGUGCUUGAGGUCGCUGAAAAGGUCGUCAAACCCAAACGCGGACGCAAACCUAAGAAGAAGCAAGUACCAGAGGAAGAGGAGCAGAUUCUAGAAGAGGCGACCAAGGUUGAAGAUAUCACAGACAUCCCAGAAGAGAUUGACAUGCGAGAUGUGGAAGACGAGACACCCAAAGAAGGAACACCAUUCGAAGGGGUGGUCGACUAUACCUUCUCGACAGGCAAAGAACCCCGACGGACCGUUGAGGACGACCCAGAGAUUCUUAUGGAUAUCGAUGGUUGGCAGCAUCUUAUCAAAGACGACGAAGAUCUCAACCUACUUCGCAAGGCUCUCGCCGUGGAGCCCAGUUCAGACCUGGGCGACGUGCACCUAUGGGCAAUGAAACAGAAGGAGAUCAAGUCUUUGAACAAUGGUGGAGUCACGGGUGUAGUUCGUAGUGCGGCCAAAAUCUCAGGCUACUACGUGCCGAACCCGUCAGGAUGCGCCAGAACGGAGCCGACCAAGAAGAUCCGCAACGAAGAAAAGUCCAAAUACUUACCUCACCGCAUCAAGGUGCUCAAGCAAAGGGAAGAAAGGGAAGCGCAGGCCAAGAAUGAUCCUGCUGCUGCUGCCGCCGCUGCCAAGCUCAAGCAAGAAGCCAAGCUUACAUCCAUGGCUUCUUCUCGACAGAACCGAGCCAACAAUCGUCGUCUCGCGAAUGAGAUCAGCACACAGAAUCUCAGUAUCGAAGGAGAUACAAUGAAGUUCAACCAGCUCAAGAAGCGCAAGAAGCUUGUCAGAUUUGAUCGUUCGGCCAUUCAUAAUUGGGGUCUGUACGCCGAAGAGAAUAUUGCACAGACAGAUAUGAUUAUCGAAUACGUCGGUGAGAAAGUGCGACAGCGUGUUGCGGAUCUUCGAGAGGCAAAAUAUACGAUUCAGGGCGUUGGUAGCAGCUACCUCUUCCGCAUAGACGAAGACACGAUCAUCGACGCGACAAAGCAAGGUGGCAUUGCUCGCUUCAUCAACCACAGCUGCUCUCCAAACUGUACGGCCAAGAUCAUUCGGGUGGACGGCGAGAAACGUAUCGUCAUCUAUGCGCUGAGAGACAUCGCCAAGAACGAGGAACUUACAUACGAUUACAAGUUUGAGCGAGAACUCGGCAGUGACGAUCGGAUACCAUGUCUUUGCGGCUCUGUUGGUUGCAAGGGCUUCCUCAACUAAGCUCACCCCAAUACUCCAAUACCACAUCUCCGUCCCCGGGACGACAUACAUAUUGCCCACAGCCUCCGUUGCCCAGCUUUUUUCAACCUGCUUGGCGUUCACGGCUGUACUAUUCAACCUCAUACCUCGGUUCAUGAAA